CACUGUAGAAAAUGGAAGCAACACGGUCAACAUGUACCAGAGUGGUAUGUCUGUAAUCCUAGAGGCAGACUUUGGCUUGACGGUUCAGUAUGACUGGGAGGAGUACAUCUUGAUUACUGUGAAUGACAGCUAUGCUGGCAAAGUGUGCGGUCUUUGUGGGGACUUCAACGGCAACCAAGAUGAUGACCUCACCACUCCAAGUGGCACUGAAGCUGGCAGCAUAGUGGCUCUGGGCAAGAGCUGGAAGGUUCCAGGGGGACCAGGUGAUGCUUCCUGCCAAGAUGAGUGCUCAGCUCAGUGUGAGAACUGCAAGAGCAGUGGGAUCAAAAAAUGGGAGGCAGAGAUUUUUUGUGAUCUCCUUACUAAGAUCAUGGAUGGGCCCUUCAGAAGCUGCAAAGCCAUCAUUGAGCCCAAGUUCUACAAAGAGAUGUGUCUUUAUGACUUCUGCAUGGGCAAGGGAGUGAAGAAGUACCUGUGCAGCACCCUGCAGGUGUACACCGACACCUGCCAGCGAGCUGGAAUCAAGGUUUUCAACUGGAGGGGACUGGCUGGCUGCCCUGAGCCCAAGUGCCCGGAGAACAGUCACUACGAGCUGUGUGGAAACGCCUGCCCUGCUACAUGUGGAGAACCCAAUUUGUCCUCCUUGUGCAAGGGUGACUGUGUGGAGACCUGUGCUUGCAAUGCAGGUUAUGUACGGAGUGGGAACAAGUGUGUGCUUCCCUCCGAGUGUGGCUGCUGGUAUAAGGGUCGCUACGUACAAGCGGGAACCACCUUCUGGGGAGAUGGCAGCUGCAACAACCAAUGCACUUGCAAUGCUGGUGGAAAUAUCACAUGUAAGGAAACCAGCUGCCAGAAUGGGGAACAGUGUCAGGUUGUUAAUGGAAUCAGAGACUGCUAUCCAAGUUCUUAUGCUACUUGCAUGACUUAUGGUGACCCCCACUAUAUUACCUUUGAUGGGGAGCCAUAUGACUUCCAGGGCAGCUGUGUGUAUCAGAUGGCCAGUGUUUGCUCCAAAAGUGUCAAUCUGGAGCCCUUUGAAGUCCUGGUGCAGAAUGAAUAUGAUGGUAACAAGUUCAGCUCCAGUAUCAAAUUGAUAGAAGUUAAGGUGUACGGCCAAACCAUCAUUAUCAGCAGCGAGUACCCAGGUCUGGUGACGAUAAAUGGCGAGCUCUCCUUCCUUCCUGUAAUACUGCUUGACAAGGUGUUGAUAUACAUAAGCGGCUUCUCUGCUACGAUCCAAACUGACUUUGGAGUAAUAAUAUCAUAUGACUGGAGCAGUUUGGCUGCCGUCACUGUUCCUAAGACCUAUGAGGGUGCAAUGUGCGGGAUGUGUGGGAACUACAACAGCAACCCCAAGGAUGAUAUGCAGAUGAGUGAUGGAAAGAUUGCGACAACUGGGCAGGAGAUGGGUCAGAGCUGGCGUGUGGCAGAAACCCCUGGCUGUGUCCAAGGCUGCAACGGUCCCUGUCCGAGCUGUAGUUUUUUCCAGAAGAUCUGGUAUAAGAACGACCGUUACUGUGGCCUCCUGAAAGAUGACCAUGGGCCACUCAGUAGCUGUUUCUCCAAGGUGGACCCAACUGAAUUCUAUCAGAGCUGCAUGAAUGAUGUCUGCCUCAACAAGGGUGAAGGCAGAGCACAGUGCUCAGUCCUGGCUGCUUAUGUUGCCUUGUGUCAGAAGAAUGGAGUCCAAGUGUCUGAAUGGCGAUCUAGAAGUUUCUGUGAUAAACAAUGUCCUGCCAACAGUCAGUACAGCCUUUGUGCCAGUGGCUGUCCAGCUACCUGUGGAAACUUGUCCCCUCCUGUUGGCUGUGACACUUCAUGUCAAGAAUCAUGUGUCUGUGACAAAGGCUUCAUCCUGAGUGGAAACAAGUGUGUCCCCUUUAACAAGUGUGGCUGUAUGUUCAAUGGCAUGUAUUACUAUCUGGGGCAAACAUUCAGCCCCAAUGCAACAUGCGAUGUGGAGUGUAAAUGCACAGAUGAUGGACGUGUGCUGUGUUCGAAACUCUCCUGUGCUGCCCAUGAAAAGUGUGAGAUAAGAAACGGCGUUAGAGGUUGCUACCCCUUCGGAAAUGGCAUCUGCUCCAUUUAUGGAGACCCUCACUACAAUACAUUUGACAACACCACCUACGAUUUCCAAGGCACAUGCACCUACGUGGCUGCCAAAGCCUGCCACAUAGAAGGAACCCACCUGACUCCCUUCACAGUUGUGGUGGAGAAUGAGAGAUGGUGA